AUGUCGACGAGCGGCCUGAAGGCGAUUGCGCCGGUUCCGACGGCUGCCGACUUCUUGGACAUCGUACUGUCCAAGACGCAGCGGAAAACACCAACGGUUAUCCAUAAGAACUUCAAAAUCAGUCGCAUUAGGAACUUUUAUAUGCGAAAGGUGAAGUUCACGCAAGAUUCGUUCGAUGAAAAGCUCGGAGCCAUUUUGUCUGAAUUCCCCAUGCUCGACGAUCUCCACCCUUUCCUAUCUUCGCUCCUGAACGUUCUCUAUGACAAAAAUCACUACAAGCUUGCGUUGGGUCAGCUCCGGACUGCAAGACAUCUAAUUGACCAAAUUGCGAAGGAUUAUGUCCGUCUGUUGAAGUUCGGAGACAGUCUUUACCGGUGCAAGCAGCUGAAGAAGGCUGCCCUUGGUCGUAUGGCCACGCUCAUGCGCCGCCAAAAAGAUCCCCUUGCCUACCUCGAACAAGUCCGCCAACAUAUCUCCCGUCUCCCCAAUAUCGACCCCAAUACUCGCACCCUCAUUAUAUGCGGCUAUCCCAACGUUGGCAAAUCGUCGUUCAUCAACAAAGUCACCCGUGCAGAUGUCGACGUCCAGCCCUACGCCUUCACCACAAAAUCCCUCUUCGUCGGCCAUUUGGACUACAAGUACCUGCGAUGGCAAGUGAUUGAUACCCCUGGAAUCCUGGACCACCCUUUGGAGGAGAUGAACACGAUCGAGAUGCAGAGCAUCACGGCAUUGGCUCAUCUCAAGAGCUGUGUGUUGUACUUCAUGGAUCUGAGCGAGCAGUGUGGUUAUUCAGUAGAGGCCCAGUGCAAGUUAUUCCAUUCCAUAAAGCCUCUCUUCUCCGGAAAGCCGACAAUGCUUGUCAUCAACAAAAUCGACGUAACGCGUCUCGAAGAUGUCCACCCCGACACCCGCGCAAUGGUCCAGGAGAUCAUCGACCAAGAAGACGUCAAGUGCAUACAAGUAUCAUGUCACUCUGAAGAGGGUGUCAUGGACCUCAAAAACAAGGCCUGCGAUGCUCUCCUUGCCCACCGUGUCGACAACAAGAUGAAAGGAAGCAAGGUUAAUUCUAUCAUCAAUCGGAUACACGUCUCGCAGCCUAAGCCGAGAGAUGAAAUUGUUCGCACCCCGUUCAUCCCUGAGGCGGUGAAGAACAAAAAGAAAUACGACAAGAGCGAUCCUGAACGGCCCAAGUUGCUCCGCGAUGUUGAGCUGGAAGAAGGCGGUGCCGGAGUGUACAACCUCAAUCUCAAAGAGAAUUACCUGCUCGCCAACCCGGAAUGGAAGAUGGACACCAUACCCGAAAUCAUGGAUGGCAAGAACAUCGCCGACUUCAUCGACCCCGAUAUCGCGGAAAAACUCGAGGCUCUCGAGCGCGAAGAGGAAAAGCUGCAGGCAGAAGGAUUCUACGAGUCCGAUUCAGCCCUCGAAUUCGACUCGGACGACGAACGCGAAGCCCAAGAUGCCUCCAUCGCCCUCGCGCACAAGAUUCGCUCACAAAGCAUCAAAAAGUCGAAGAAGAACCAGUCUCGCCUGCCCCGUACAGCUGGCUUGCGGACACUCUCCGAGCUAACAUCCGAGCUGACAAAGGCCGGCCUCGACCCCAGCCGCAUCCAGGAGCGUGCAGAGAUGAUUGCCAAGAUCCAGGGUGCUAAACGGAAGCGGGAUGAGGACGAGGAUGAGGAUGUCGACAUGGAUGAUGCGGAAGGCAGCGAUGAUCCUCAUGGUGCUGAAGGAUGGAUGGACGUUGAUGAGGACGAGAGUGCGCCGAAGAAGCGGGUCAAGACCAACUCUGGUAGGGUCAUCAACAAGAGAGAACCGAGGACGAAUCGUCAGAUGGCUGGUCUGCGCGACGAAGGGCAAUUCACUAAAGCCAACAAGCUGCGGAAUCUCGGUCAACGUCCGCGGAACAUGCUCGCGAAAGCUGGAGAGAGCGAUCGUGCUAUCAAAGUCAAAAUGCCAAAACAUCUAUUCUCUGGCAAACGGAAGGGCGGAAAGACGCAAAGACGAUAG